AAACUGCUCCAUCUUUGACAUUUAUCAAGACGUUUUUUUAUUCAAAUAAAUAAAUAAAUAAUAAAAUUAAAAAAAAUAUUUCUAAUUAUUUAAAAAAAAAAAAUAAUAAUUGAAGUUUAAAUUUUGGAAAAUAAUUAAAAAAGAACAAUGGAAGAUGUACUGAAUGAGGUUGUGUCGUCAGAAGACUUGAAAAAAUUUGAAAAUAUAUACAAUGAGCAGCUGAGAACGUCGCACGUAACUCAAAAAGCACAGUUCGAGUAUGCUUGGUGUCUUGUACGAAGUAAAUAUCCAUCGGACAUAAGAAAAGGAAUCGUUUUGCUGGAAGAUCUCUUCAAUAAUCAUGGAGAUGCUGAAAAACGAGAUUGUCUUUAUUAUUUAGCUAUUGGAAAUGCGCGGAUUAAGGAGUACACCAAAGCACUUCAUUACGUCCGAGCAUUUUUACAAGUGGAACCAGGAAACAAACAAGUACAAGAUUUGGAAACUUGCAUCAGAAAAAAAAUGGAGAAAGAGGGUCUAGUAGGAAUGGCUGUAGCUGGAGGGGUAAUUGUUGGACUUGCGAGUAUCCUCGGACUUGGAAUCGCAAUGGCAAAAAAAUCUUAGCCGACUUAAAACUGAUUGCUAACUUUAACCAAAUGUUACAUUUCGUUGUUAUAUAUUUAUAUAAUUUUUUUUUU